AUGAGGGAGCCCGAAAUAACUAGGAAUCCUAUCCAUAGGGUCAAUAGAGUUGAUAAUGGGUCUGAUAUCCUUAUGCGUCUAGAGGCCUUAGAGAUGAACCAUGGGUCCAACCAGACUAUGAGUUGUAAUAGUGAUCCUAGAACCUAUCCAUGUACUAUUUGUGGUGACCAAAAUCAUGUUGGACCUCAGUGUCCCCUGUUUUACCCUAGUGAAACUACCCGUGACCAGGUUAGUGUCCUACAUGGCGGUAUGAACUCUAAAUAUGAGGGUCGACCCAAGUUUGACCCAUAUUCUAAUACUUAUAACCCCGGUUGGAGAUAUAACCCUAAUUUCUCAUGGUCUAAAGGUACCAAUCAGGGUGGCCCAUCCAGCAACCCACCACCAGGUUUUCAUAGGAACCAAGUUCAAGUCCAAGAACCGAGCCAAGCUGAGAAAAAAGUGUCAUCUCUAGAGGAAACUCUAAUUAAAUUUAUGGAAAUUAGUACCCAAAAUUCUAACCAAAGUAGCCAAAAGUUAGACGACUUUGUCCUGGCAAGUCAACGUUACCAACAGAACACUAGUCAAGCUAUUAUCAAUUUAGAGACUCAGAUAAGUCAAUUUUCGAACCGGUUAAAUGAUAGGGAGCAUGGGAAAUUUCCUAGCCAACCGACUCCAAACCCGAAAGGAGUUCACCAGGUUAAUGGGUCGGGUAGUUCUAACCACAAUGAACAUGUCAAAGCAGUUAUCACCCUUAGGAGUGGUAAAACUCUAAAGAACUCGGUAGAACCACCAAAGGAUAGUAGCCCAACUGAAAAGGAGACUGAAGUUGACCAAACUUCGUCUAAGGACCCUAAUGGGCCUGAUAGCUCUAAGAGUCCAAGUGAGGAAGAUACCCCUGAGAGAGUGUACAUACCAGCUGCACCAUUUCCUCAAAGACUCGCUAAGAAAAAGCCUAGUACAUAUGCUGAAAUCCUAGACAUCUUUAAACAAGUUAAGGUCAACCUGCCCUUAUUAGAUGCAAUUAAACAUGUACCGGCAAUGGCCAAGUUACUAAAAGAGAUGUGCUCCGUCAAGAGAGACGCUAGUGUCCAUAAAAAGGCAUUUUUGACCCAACAAGUUAGUUCCAUAAUCUCACAAAAGUACCCAGUCAAAUUUAAAGAUCCUGGUUGUCCUACUGUCACAUGUGUCAUAGGUAAAGAAACCAUAUACAAUGCUUUAUUAGAUCUUGGGGAUAGUGUGAAUCUUUUACCUUUCUCGGUAUAUGAGCAACUUGGACUAGGGGAGAUGAAACCAACUAGGAUAACGCUACAGUUAACCGAUAGGUCAGUCAAAAUCCCACGUGGAAUUAUUGAAGACUUUUUGGUUCAGGUAAAAACUUUAUUUAUCAUGUUGACUUUGUGA